AUGAGAUUCCCACCGCUCGAAGUUGUCAAGUCAUGGCCACCACCGAAUCAUAUCGAUCCUGAAGAGAGAGGGCCGGCCCUUCUCAUCAUCGAGAGUAUCUCACUCAGCAUCGCUCUCAUCUGCCUGCUGCUCAGGCUGUAUGUGAGAGUAUUCAUGAUGCGGAAGAGUUGGUGGGACGAUUGGCUCAUGGUUGGCGCUGCUAUUUUCUCAAUAUCUGUGACCGUGUGCGUCAUUCUUGCCACCCAAGUAUACGGAUGGAACCUCCAUAUAUGGGACACGACAUUCGCCCAGCGUAUACAGGGCCGUCAAAUUUCGAUCGUGGGACAAACACUCUUCGUUUUUGCGUCUGGCCUCUCAAAGCUCUCUAUCCUUACGAGCUACCUGAGAAUAGCCCCUCUCGGGUCCACCUUCCAGCGAGUCACGCAAGUCACCAUUGGUGCGGUACUUGCGCUGAUUGUCAUUUUUCUCAUGGUCCUUUGGACACAAUGCAUUCCCAUCUGGCAUUACUGGGAUCUCACAGUCAUGGACCGCAACUGUAUGGCAGAAUGGCCACCGCUGGCAGGACAAACCAUCACAACCGUAAUCACCGACAUCAUCGUCUACCUCCUUCCAAUGCCCACACUCUUCCGAUUGAGGCUUCCUGUCCUACAAAGAAUCGUCUUGAUUAUACUCUUCAGUCUCGGCACAGUAGUUGUUGUGGCGGGUAUCAUGAGGACGUGGUGGACGUACUACGUCGAAGAGAUGACAUACGAUGUCACAUGGGACGGCUUCGAACUUUGGAUCUGGACAGCGCUAGAGGCUAACCUGGCCAUCAUCUGCGGCUGCGUCCCGGUGCUUCGCCGCUUGCUGCCCUCGAUGACGGAGAACGCCGAAUCGAGUGCGGCCGACAGCACUUCUCCACCGACAAUCGGGUCCGCGGAAAAGUGGCGUCGAAGACAUCACGACGAAGAGCGUGAUACGAGUGAGCACGAAAUGCAUCAGAUCACUGUGCACUAUUGCGCGGAGGAAGACGAAGAGGGCAGUGACGGCAACGACGACAACGACAGCAGUGAUAGGAUGGACAACGACGACAGCGAAGACGAGACAAAUGAAGAUGAAGAUGACGAAGAUGAGAAUGAUGGUGAAAGUUGCCGUGAUCUGCUUCCAGCGAGGAAGAGUACUCAUGCUACUGGGCCGAAGGUCCGCCGUAAUCACACUGUGAUGAAGAAUACGCCCGGCUCCGGGAGUACUGGUGCGAAGGGCGGCUUGCCCUGGAGCCCGUGGGCGGGCCAUACCAGGAGAACACCUCUGGCCAUGCCGAAGCAGGAGGAACCUGAGGUAAAGAGACUCAAGGUCGACGCAGGGGGUUUGUGGUGCCAGAAAAUACGCUUCCACUGGAUGAGGCAGAUCCAGAGCUUGAAUAUGAGGGAGAUGGACAACAUGGAUCUCUAUACGGAUCCUUGUACUCUACUCCCGGUUCACCUUCCGAUGCCUUACGGCCCUCCUGAUGGGAAGAUCACCAUUAUCAAGGCGGAGCACAAGCUCGAUCUACCCGAACCGGACAUCCUGAUGCUGCAGUUUCUCCUGAUCACAGGCUGGGCCUUGGCCGCAGGGCGGGAGCUGAAGCACUUCAAUUUCGACUGGGAUUGGGAUAAGGACCGUUUCUGGGAAGCUCGCCGCAAAAGGUCAGCCAAGAAGAAAUUGGAAGCUAGGCAGCGCGAGAUGCGGGAGACGACAGAGACAAUGACAGAGAUGACGGACGGUGAUCUCGGUACAAAGAGCUACCUCGAGACAUUGGACGACAAGUCAUCGACGAUUGACGACAUUUAUGAACUCCUCCAAUCCUGCUUAAAGGAGAUCAAUCGGAACGAGGCAGGAUUCCACGCAUCUCUGUGGUGUAUCCUUUACCAAACGAACUCUGACAAGCUUGGUGAAGCAUGCGACGAGCUGCGAGAGCUCUGGCGUGGUAAAGAUACAAAGGAAAUCUCACUUUACAUGGGAUAUUUUGAAGAAGCCUCCAUUGCCUUCGAACGAUCGCUUCACAUCUUUCAUAAGAGACAUGACCUGUACGAAAGUCUCAAUGGGGAUGAGAAGAAGAAACGCUGUAGCCCCAACGUGGUACGGGAUGCCCUGAACCGCGACGACAGGAAGUGCGUCCUACUUGGAACGGCGGACCCGAAGGCUUGCCACAUAGUCCCCUUCGCAAUAAAAACAUUCUUGUCAGAGUUAACCCGCAUUCCAGACUUGUUUCCAGCGGAUCUCUUGGAUAGAGUCCACAAUAAGCUACAGUCCGAUAACAACAUUCUCGGCACAACUCGCAACGUCCUCUCCAUGAAUACCCAAAUGCGCCAGUACUGGGAAAACGGCCGCUUCUCUUUGGAGCCCUGGGGUGAAUCUUAUCAAGAGACGACAGAAAGACGUCGGACAGGCACUGGCGGUUUGUGGUGCCAGGAAGUACGCUUCCACUGGAUGAGACAGACCAAUGUCAACAUGCAAGAGAAGUGGGGCGGGAAAGGCCAGAACCUCCGCGAUUUGCUUCCCCCGCACCUCGGCAGAUACGACCACUGGAGCGUCAAGACGGGUAGGUUGAUUCAAGACGGUGAAGUGAUCGCCAUCAAAUCCGAGAACCGACUUGACCUCCCCGACCCCGACUUUCUGCAGGUUCAGCACCGUCUCAUUUCGGCUUGGUCGAUAGCAGCAGGGGUCGAGCCGAAGAACUUCAUAUUUGAGAACGAGCAUCCAGACCACCGGUAG